GAAGCUUGGGGCCUGGGGGGCGGUGGGGCCACGCAUGGAGCCCCCGCCCCCCGGAGCUGCCAACCGCGCUAGAGCCGCUAUCACACUGCGCACAGCCUCUCGGCUUUGAGCUGUGUCUCCUCCAGACCCCUAGGAUGACGUAAGCGCUCCCCCAGCGAUGGACCCAUCUGUGACGCUGUGGCAGUUUCUGCUGCAGCUGCUGAGAGAGCAAGGCAAUGGCCACAUCAUCGCCUGGACCUCACGGGAUGGGGGGGAGUUCAAGCUAGUCGAUGCAGAGGAGGUGGCCCGGCUCUGGGGAUUGCGCAAGAACAAGACCAACAUGAAUUACGACAAGCUCAGCCGGGCCUUGCGGUACUACUAUGACAAGAACAUCAUCCGCAAAGUGAGCGGCCAGAAGUUUGUCUACAAGUUUGUGUCCUACCCUGAGGUCGCAGGGUGCUCCAAUGAGGACUGCCCACCCCAGCCUGAGGUGUCUGUUGCCUCCUCUGUGACAAAUGUGGCCUCUGCUGCUGUACACGUUGCCCCCGGGGACUCCGCCACAGGGAAGCCAGGCACACCCAAGGGCGCAGGAAUGGCAGGCCCAGGUGGUUUGUCACGCAGCAGCCGGAACGAGUACAUGCGCUCAGGCCUCUAUUCCACCUUCACCAUCCAGUCCCUGCAGCCACAGCCCCCGCCUCAGCCACCCUCUCACCCUCGGCCUGCCUCAGCGCUCCCCAGCACCACCUCUGCAGGAGCAGCAGCACCCCCCUCGGGGAGCACUGGCGCCAGUCCAAGUCCCUUGGAGGCUUGCCUGGAGGCAGAGGAGGCUGGCCUGCCUCUGCAGGUUAUCCUGACCCCGCCCGAGGCCCCGAAAUCUGAAGAAAUGAAUAUGGAGUCGGGGCUGGGUCGGCCACUGCCCCCACAAGUGAAAGUAGACGGACCCAAAGAAGAGUUGGAAGCUUCCAGCGAUGGGGAGGCGGGGUUUGUGCCAGAAGCUACCAAGGUUCGGUCCGAAAUCCUUCCUGCCGUCAUUAUGGAGACGGCCGGCCGAGAAGCGAGCCGAGCGUCUUCCACCAUUUCCAGCACAGAGAUUGCCCAGCCGCAGAAGGGUCGGAAGCCCCGGGACCUGGAGCUUCCAGUCAGCCCAAGCCUGUUGGGUGGGCCGGGACCCGAACGGACUCCAGGAUCGGGGACUAGCUCCGGCCUGCAGGCUCCAGGGCCAGCACUGACGCCAUCCUUGCUGCCGACACAUACAUUGACCCCGGUGCUGCUGACGCCCAGCUCGCUGCCCCCCAGCAUUCACUUCUGGAGUACCCUAAGCCCCAUUGCACCCCGAAGCCCAGCCAAGCUCUCCUUCCAGUUUCCCUCCAGUGGCAGCGCCCAGGUGCACAUUCCUUCCAUCAGCGUGGAUGGCCUUUCGACCCCCGUGGUGCUCUCCCCAGGGCCCCAGAAGCCAUGACUACCAGCGCCAGCCCCUACCGGGGUCACUCCAUCCAUGCCCUCCCUCAGUCUUCUCUCCAGCCAGCCUUCUCAAGAAGAAGCAAUCCAGUGGACAGAUUCAUGUUCUCGUCUGGUGGGAUAGGGACUCUUGGGAAGAAGAAUCGCACAGUAACCCCCACCCUUCUGCGUGCACACACACACACACACACACACACACACGCACACAGAAAAUACAACUUCUUUCUUCUUUAUCAGCCUCUCCAGUGGCCGCUCUUACUCGUCACCUGCCUCAGUGGUAGGGACGGUUUAUUUAUUUAUUUUUUGAAGGCCGCUGGGAGGAGCCUGGCUCUCCCUUUUAGGGGAUUGGUGAGGAUAUCUCCCCCAUCUCUACAUCCCCCCCUCCCUGCCCCCAAGAUGAGACAAUCAGGGUCUGGCACGAGAAGAACAUUUCUUUCUUUAUUUCUCAGCCAGCCCUCGGGGAGCUACAGCAGCCCUGUCUCUUUUUUAGAUGGGUGGUCUCUUUUAUUCCUGGAUAGGCCCAGGAGUCUCGGGAGAAUUGUGCACCUUUGAAAGGUUUGGGAGUCUUGGCCGAGACAGAGCCACCCCCUCGCAAUAGGAACUUUCACCUCCCCAACCUUUUUUCAACCAGCUGUUUGGUAAGGGAGGGAUGUCCCCUUUGCUAUUCUCCCCUCUGAGAAGCCAUUCCUUUGUCUGCCAAACUCCGUGGGGUCCUGCCUGUUACCUCCCAAUGAAAGUUUUUUUGGGGGGGUGGUCCCCGUCUGGGGGGCUCCUCUAGCCAGUACUCCAGGUCUCCCUGUGCCCCUUGCCCCAUCCAUUUUGAUAGUAUAAUCUAUUUUUAAACAGGGCUUUUCAAUAAGGGAGAGGGGGCAUCUCUUCCUGUAUCUGAGAUGGGGGGUGAGUGGGAAGGAAGGGAUUUGGGGGAAUCUUCCUGCCACCCCCAAGUGUUUAUUUUUGAUACCAAAUGUGUAUUUUCAGUUCCCUCCCUCCCAGCCCCCCAACUUCCUGCGGGCGGGUACAAAGGACCCUUUAAGUGUCCCUGGAGUUGGGAGGGAGGAACGGGGCUCAUAAGACCUGCCCUGUAUCAAUUCACAGCUGUAGAGGUGGAGUCAAGACUUCUGCACUCACCUCCUAUCAGCAAAGGCCCAGCUCAGGCCUGGGGACCUGGGAGAUGGUGACUUGGGGGACGGUGCUCUACCUGUCUCCACUGUUUGUUUUACUUCCCCAAAAUGGAUCUUUUUUUUUUUUUGCUAAGAGUCCCAGAGAAUGGGGAAUUGUUCCUGUAAAUAUAUAUUUUUAAAGGUGA